AUGAACCGCGCAUCCUCACGCAAGGAUCUCCGCGCCGAGCGGAUAAGCAACUCGCCCUACCGCCGCGAGAGACCACCAGUUGCCAAGCAGCGAUCCUGGUUAUCCACUCUCGCAACGUCUAUAUCUUCCUCAUUCUCCUCCUUACGGGCGCGCGACGGCUCAGGUUCAGUCUCGGGCAGCGACGACGAGUGGGGAGGCGAGGCGCCGUCCAACAUGGUUGGACAGGAUGUCUUCAGUCUAGCCGAGGCGGCGGGACGGACUGGCGACGAGUUCGAGGCGCGCGCUGAGGCCUGGCGUGCGAACAAGAGCCUGUUGAGGAGUAGGCGUCUUUCGCCAUCCAAGAGUUCAUGGAGCCUGCUCGACCUCGAGACGAAGCGCGUUCGUCCGUCGCCGUCCAUGCCCGCGCUCCAGCCCCUCGCUUCGUCCUCCAACCCCGCUCUCUUCCGCACUCCCACCACCCAGGUCGGCCGGUCCAACGGGGUCCCCCCCUCUGCCUCGGCAGCCGCACUCCAUACCUUCGUGUCCUUCAAGGGAGACGGGGCCUACUCGGCCCAGGACAUAGAGAGCAUGGAGACGCUGCUGCGCAGCGUCAAGGCCGACUCCUUGACAUCGCAUCCCACUGGCGGAUGGAGCGGCGCACUCACAUCUACCCGCAAGCUUGCACCGUCCACCUCGGGUUCGAGCUUCUCGCUCGGCUCGACACCGCCCGCAGCGCGGCCCCUGCCCUCCCACUCCCGCGUCAAGUACCUCGGGCCAGGGAUGAGCCCGCGCCGCUUUGCGACUACCAGCAUGCGCUCUAUGUCAAGCCUCUUCGCAGACGACACACCGGGUAAGAAACGCAAGACGCUGCCCGACGUCGAGGUCGAGGUGCUCGACGAUGAGCCGUCUGGUUCCACUCCCAACCGCGCGGCAUCCAAGAAGGCUGCCGAGUUCAACCAGCGCGCCCGGAUCGUUUCGCGCGGCGCAAUCCGCCCAUCGCCGUUAGGCCAGAGCAUCACCACGUCGCCCGACAAGCCACCAACCCCGCGAGACAUUGGGCGCAAGCGCGUCAACGACAUGAUCCAGGACGUUCUUGACAAUGAGAUCACACCGCACGAGGAGAAGCCCCAGCAGGUGUUCAACCCUUACGAGAGCGUGGCUCUCCCUGCAGGCAAGCAUUACUCGCCGUACGCAAGCCUGCGCAAGUCGUCUGGAACCAACGGAAGCAUGCGCCGGUCGCUCGGCUCCAGCCGCGGGGCGGCCGCCAAGCUCGACUCGGAGCGGGGCCAGUCAUCGACGUCGGGCCGCCCGCUCUCCACUCUCGACCUGAUCAACAGCGGACGCCCAUCCAUUGCCAAGAAGCAGAAGGAGGCCGAGCCCUCGAGGAAGCAGAAGAAGCCUGUCGAUGAGCCGAUAGCCAUCGACGACGACGACGACGACGAGCCUGCCGCACCGUCCAAGGCGGCAUCUGCGUUCUCCUUCACCCCGUCUCGCAAGACGCCGGCAGCCGUGACCAUUGACGAGCCCGAGCCUGUCUCCGCAUUCCCUGCUCCCUCCCUCUCCCAGUCCAUGCGCGGCCCGUCCCCACCAGCUCCCAAGCCGGCCCCACUGGCACCUGUGCCUUCUACUUCCGAUUCGAUCAUCGCAGCGUCAAUGCCGGCGCCCGCACCCAUCUUCUCGACACAGCCGCUGGGCCUGGGUCCUCCUCCAUCCAAGCUUCCCGCGACGCCCUCCAAGCUCCGUGCUCCUACUCAGCCAGCGGAGAAGGCUAACCUCUACAUGUCCGCUAAGGACACUGCCCUCAAUGUCGACAAGAACGCGCUCCCCUUUUUCACCUUCACCCUCCCGCCCGGCUCUGACCAGCCCCAUCCAAGCGAGGCGAUCAAGGCCAUCGUGUCCACCCGCCCGGCCAAGACUGACAGCUUUACGUUCGAGCUCCCCAAUGCCGCCAACCCCACGUCCUACUACUGCCCACCAUCCGUCUCCGCUCCCACCAUCCCCUCAGCAUCCUUCAGCCUUCCGAAGAAGGUCGCACCGGCGGGGACAUGGACGUGCGACAUGUGCAUGCUCCAGAACACUGCAGCGGACACGGAGAAGUGUGGCGUAUGCGAGGCGCCCAAGCCUGGAGCCAAGCCCAAGGCUACUGCACCAGCUGCGAUGCCCUCCGCACCGAGUGGUGGUUUCGGUGGCUUCGGCUUCAAGCCGCCAGCGAAGGCCGCCGGCGCAUGGACCUGCGACGUCUGUAUGCUCCAGAACACGGCAGCCGACGCGGAGAAGUGCAGUGUGUGUGAAGCACCGAAACCCGGCGCCAAGGCUGCCGCCCCUGCUCCCUCCGCUCUUCCCAGCGCGCCGUCGGGCAGCUUCAACUUUGCAGGCGCUGGGUUCAAGCCCGCUGAGAAGGUCGCCGGCGAGUGGGACUGUGACGUGUGCAGCUUGAAGAAUCCCGCCAGCGCGACCGACAAGUGCACCAUCUGCGAAGCUCCCAAGCCUGGUGCGAAGGUUGCUGCUCCGGUCGCGCCCUCGCCGAUGCCCGCGGCACCAUCUGGCGGCUUCAGCUUUGGUGCCAAGCCCGCCCCUGCUGGUGACUGGACAUGCGACCUGUGCAUGCUCAAGAACCCCGCCACCGCGACAGACAAGUGUACCGUCUGUGAGGCCCCUCGGCCAGGAGCGGCGCCCAAGGCCGCGGCCAUGCCAGCUGCACCUCCCUCAGCACCCACAGGCGGCUUCAGCUUUGGUGGCAAGUCGCUCUCCACCACGACCAUGUCCGCACCACCCGCUGCUCCGGCCGGUGGCUUUUCGUUCGGCGGCAAGCCCGUCCCGACUUCGUCAUCUACAGCCGGUCCCACAGUUGGCGGCUUCAAGGCUCCCACCACGGCUGCUGGCGGGUUCAGCUUUGGCGGUAAGACGGUUGGCGGUGACGCAGCCCCUGCCUCGCCAUUCGGUGGGUUCGGCACCCCGCCCGCUGGCGGCUUCUUUUUCGGGCAGAAGGCGGAGGACAAGCCCGCGAUGCUCUCCAAGCCUACUGGCGCAGCAGGCGAGUGGACAUGUUCCCUGUGUGGGCUUCUCAACCCCGCAAGCGCGACGGACAAGUGCACGAUUUGCGAGGCGCCCAAAUAG